AUGGAGAGGCAGGUCAAGCCAUUGGCAAAGGCUCGGGAGGAACUGGCGGAGGUGUCUCCAUCACUGGGCGGCUCUAAUCUGACCGACCAGCCCGGCACUGCCAACCAGUACGGUGAUAAUAAUCGCCUUUAUAGCCUGCUCGGCAAUGGCACGCAGAAAAUCGCAAAUGGCCACUUUUUUGAGGCGGGGGGAAAUCAGAAUUUUGGUGUGAUCCCACCCGAGGAGUCUAUAGAGUCCAAGGUGGCAUAA